GGCGGCUCGCCUUGGCCUCAGAUGGAGCCGUACGACGAGGACCGGUUGCCUUUGGGCGUGGCCAACGCGAGCCUGAGCCUCAACCUGACGAGCCUCUUCGGGGAUUGGCUAAACCUGAGCGAGGGGGCCGGGGCGGGGGCCGACGGGGGCCCGCCCCCCACGGCCGGGACGACGACGGACGAGCUGCUGACGCUGUACAUGAUCUUCGUCCCGUUCAUGGUUCUCUUCUGCCUCGCCUCGGUCCUCUUCAACAUGGUCCUCCUCCUCUCCGUCUGCUGGAUCCAGAAGCCCAUCUCGCCCACCCUCCACAUCACUCUUAGCCUCGCAGGGUCGGACAUGUUCACCUCGUUCAACCUGGGGUUCGGGCUGUUCGUGAACUCGUACCUGCCGCGGGUGCACGGGAUCAAGGCCUCGGACU